UUCUCCACUUCCUUUAUUUGUCAUUUCCCACACACGUUUAAACUGAGAUCUACUUAUUCUCGCCUCCACAUUUCACCACAGAACUGAUAUUAGCUUUAGCGGCCUAAACUCGAGUGUGUUCCAGUGUGAGGUGCUGUUCAACCCCCUGAGCCGCUGUUUGGCGGUGGAGGUCUGCGCUGCAGUGGUACAUUCGCAAUAAAAUGGGUGUGGUUGAAUCGCGCAUAUGUGAUGCUACGUGUUUCUGGUGCAGACCGAAUGAUUUCAUAUGGGACUGAAUUGACAGCAGAGGCCACGGGGUGCCUCGCGUUGUAUUGAACUGGUCAUUUCUUGGACGAGGAGCGACGGUCAAAUCGAAGAGACCAGAACGAGAAGGCGGAGGAAGACAACACUCGGGAGGAAAGAGGCGAUCAAGCAACGCAGUCUAAAGACAACGACGGUGUCUGCAGGGGUGAGAGAGUUCAGAGGGUAAAGGUUAAAGGUCAUUUCAAGAUGAGUGAGCUCGAGCAGCUUCGUCAGGAGGCUGAGCAACUGCGCAAUCAGAUCAGAGAUGCCAGGAAAGCAUGUAGAGACUCCACACUCACUCAGAUAACAGCAGGCCUGGAUCCGGUGGGGAGGAUACAGAUGAGGACGAGGCGCACACUGCGUGGGCAUUUGGCUAAAAUCUACGCCAUGCACUGGGGCUCAGACUCCAGGCUUCUUGUUAGUGCCUCACAGGAUGGAAAACUCAUUGUCUGGGACAGCUACACUACAAACAAGAUUCACGCCAUCCCGUUACGGUCAUCAUGGGUGAUGACGUGUGUGUAUGCGCCAUCUGGAAACUUUGUGGCCUGUGGUGGACUGGACAACAUUUGCUCCAUAUACAGCUUAAAGACUAGAGAGGGCAAUGUUAGAGUCAGCCGAGAGCUGCCUGGACACACAGGUUACCUUUCCUGUUGCCGUUUCAUAGAUGACAAUCAAAUUAUCACCAGUUCAGGAGACACAACCUGCGCUCUGUGGGACAUUGAGACUGGGCAGCAGACCACGCUGUUCUCAGGUCACAGUGGAGAUGUGAUGAGUCUGUCAUUGGCUCCAGACUCACGGACCUUCAUCUCGGGGGCCUGUGACGCCUCCAUUAAACUCUGGGACAUCAGAGAUAGCAUGUGCAGACAGACGUUCACCGGACACGAGUCAGACAUCAACGCUGUCUGUUUCUUCCCCAGCGGCAGUGCGUUCGCGACUGGUUCUGAUGACGCCACCUGCAGGCUGUUUGACCUGCGUGCGGAUCAGGAGCUGUGUUUAUACUCUCAUGAUAAUAUCAUCUGUGGCAUCACCUCUGUGGCCUUCUCCCGCUCUGGCCGUCUGCUACUCGCCGGCUACGAUGACUUUAACUGCAACAUCUGGGACGCCAUGAAGGGAGACCGAGCAGGAGUGCUGGCUGGCCAUGAUAAUCGUGUGAGCUGUCUUGGGGUCACAGAUGAUGGCAUGGCUGUAAGCACAGGUUCCUGGGACAGCUUCCUGAAGAUCUGGAACUGACCACACACACAGCUCACAUAUUGUACACAUUAUUCACUCAUCAUACACAAUGUAUGUACUUUACUGUACAUAUGAUGUACACUUGCCUACACGGACACAUGCCUGACAAAAACCUGUACAUAAUAUAUAUAAUUAGUUACACGUUUACACCAGUCUCUUCAGUGCGACACUCUAUACAUAUAGUCACACUAUAGGUAGGUUUGGACCACAAGUUUGAAACAGGAAUGUUUACACACACACACUUGCUUUUUUCCCCCUUACUAAAGGUUUGCUGGACCUACAUGGUACACAAGUACAUUUGGAGAAAUGUGCAUUGAGUGAGUUGUCUAAUUUGAGCGUACAAAUCUAAAACAUUUUUUUGACGCUUUAUUUUGAGACUGAACCUUGAGCUCUAAGUGGUGGGUGUUGAUCCAUUUAAGAGCAAUCAUUUUUAUUUUGACUUCCAUUCUGUCAUCUAUACUCAAAAAUAAGCCUAAAGUACUGAUGUUUCCAUGAGCAUGUAGAGUUGAAAAUAUGGAAGACCUGAGACAGUUACCCACCAAGAAUUGUCCUAGUUGAUUCAGAUCACACUUUAUGUAGUCCAUGUUUUUAUAGAUGCAUAUGCCGGCAUAUUCCAGUAUACAAGUAAAUAUAUGAUGUUUUGACUUUCAUUUUUGUUUAGAUUUGACUUUUUUUUUUAAAGCUUUUAUUCAUGUUUUCCUGUGUGCCACACCCUAAGGAGAAUAAAGGAAACUGAAAAUAAAUCAAUAAAAAUCUGUGCCACUAAAUAUGUGACCACAGGUGGCUCACAAGGCUGUGUGAAUACUUAUGUGAAAUUACUCCAUUCAUAAAAGUGCUUCUCAGCUGUUUUUUUAAGGACCCAGACUUCACAUUGGACCAGCAAAAUUAUUAAUCUGACAGUGUUGCAAAAGUAUAAACAGCAACAGAAGUGUGAUACCGAACACAUUUGCAUAUGAUAAAUUUGGGCCAACAUUUGGAAAGUUGGAUUGGAUGCAAAUCUUUUUGCGUUAACAUCAGAAUGUGUUUUUCACAUUUUUUUUUCUAAUAUCUACUACAGCCCAGUCACUUCUUUAUGGUU